AUGGGACAUGAUGAAUAUUUAUCUAGAAGUAAGAGUACAUUUGAAGGAAAAUUGGGUGGGGAUGAGCCAUUUUAUGACUCAGAUGAACCUGUUAGCUUUGAAAUAAAGACUGAUGAUGAAGCUGAUGACGAAGGUGUGGUUGAAAAGCCUACCAAAAAGUCAAGGAGACCAAAAAGAAUUAGAAAUAGGGUUAUUUUUUAUUCUAAGUGUAAAGAAAUAGUUUGGGAGACUGGUCUUGCAUUUGAAAGUGCUAAACAGUUUAGGAAAGCACUUACUAGGUAUGCAGUUCAAGAACAUGUAGAGUUGGAUAAAUAUGUCAAUGAACCAACUAGGGUGAGGGUAAAGUGUACUGCUGGCUGUCCAUGGUUAUUGUUUGCCAGUUACGAUUCUAGAACAAAUGAUUUUGUUGUGAAGAAUUAUAAUCAUGUUCACAAGUGCAAUGACACAACAAAGAACAAGUUGGUAAAUUCUUUGUAUAUUUCAGAAAGGUACAAGGAUAGAAUUAUUUCUAAACCUGGCAUUAGAAUUUUUGAGCUUCAAAAUUUGGUAAGAAAGGAAUUGGAGGUGUAUAUUGGUAGGAAUGUGGGAAGGAAAGCCAGAAGCAUUGUUUUGCAACAAAUCAUGGGUGACAAUGUAGAGGAGUUCAAAAGAAUUUUGGAUUAUAUGGAUGAGCUUUUAAGGACUAAUCCAGGUAGCUCAUGUGUGGUUAGGCUGAGUGAAGAAACUUUUGAAGGUGGAAUCAAAAGGUUUCAGUCCUUUUAUAUAUGUUUUGAUGCCAUGAAGAAGACAUUCAAAGCUGGUUGUAGGAGAGCAAUUGGGUUGGAUGGGUGUUUUUUAAAAGGUGUUAGUAAAGGGCAAUUGCUUGUGGUUGUUUGUAAGGAUGGGAACAACCAGAUGCUACCACUGGCUUGGGCAGUGGUUGAAGUUGAGAAUACUUUUACUUGGAGAUGGUUUGUCAACAUUCUAAGGCAUGAUGUUGAGCUUGGAGAUGGGACUGGUUUGACAACUCUUUCAGAUAUGCAAAAUGGUCUGGAUCUAGCCAUUAAGGAUCUGUUGCCAAAUGUAGAACAAAGAAUGUGUGGAAGACAUGUGCUUGCCAAUUUUUCCAAAAAAUGGAAAGGCAUAGAGAUUAGAAACUGCUUCUGGAGAUGUGCUAAGUCCACAUAUGAGCAGGAGUUGCAAAAAAAUUUGGAUCAUAUGGAGAAGUUAGGUGAUGGAAUAAAUGGAGAUUUGUUCUGUUGUGAUAGUGUUGACAACAACAUGGCCGAGAGUUUUAAUUCCUGGAUUUUGGGGCCAAGUUACAAGACCAUUAUCACAAUGCUUGAGGAAAUUAGAGUCAAAAUGAUGAGAACGGUAGGACAACUAAGAGAGUUUUCUGAGGCUUGGAUAACAAACAUCAGCCCAAUGGCUUUGCAGGUAUUGCAAGAGAACACAUCAAAGUCAAUGAAGUGUACUCUUGAAUGGAAUGGCGAAUAUGGCUUUGAGGUCAAGGACAGCUGGGGUAAUAAAUUCAUAGUAAAUCUGAAUAACAAUACUUGCACUUGUAUAUCUUGGAUGCUGAAAGGUGUUCCCUGUUGUCAUGCCAUAGUUGCACUUCAUUUCAGAAAAUUGGAACCUAUUGACUAUGUUGCACAUUGGUACACUAAGGACACUUACCUCAAAACAUACAACUCAUUCAUUCAACCUAUUACUAAUAUGGCAAUGUGGCCAAAGUCAACCAAUCCUCCUGUCCUCCCAUCUGAGAUUAAAAAGCUGCCAGGUAGGCCAAGGAAGUGUAGAAGAAAGAAGCAAACAGAAAACAAGACAGGGAAGUUGUCAAAAAGAGGUGUUGAGAUGACCUGA